AUAUAAAUUAUCAAGAACAAAACACUUCUGAACUCUGACAUAUUAUUUCAUUCUGUUCAAAAUUUGAGUACUGAGGGAUGCUCUAAAUUUUAUAGUUUUUGUAACUGUUAUAAAUUUAUAUGUGUACAUAAAACAUUUUCAAGAACAUUUCGUAAAAAUGUCUUUAGACAAGCAGAGAAUCUUGAGUGAGCUGGGAAGUGUAGUAAAUCAGUUACAGAGUGCUGAUUGUGGUUGUAUGGGAAAGUUAUUUAACAAUUCAGGUCAAGGCAGUACUUGUGGUGGAAAUCAAAUGGGGAAUUAUAGUGGAUAUAGACACGGCUGUUGCCAUGGACACGGGUGUGGACAUAACCACGGUAAUUCGUACAACAGUCCGUGCGGUGGAGAGCCUUAUACAGCGAUGAACUCAAAUCCCAUGGCUAUGGGUAGAUGCAAUCCACCCAAACUUUACGCCGACACGUACAAUUAUCUGAAUCAAAAUCUUAUGCAACCUGUUGUUAAAGACGUAUACAACGAUUUGAAGAAUCUCACACCAGCCAACACCAUAGCAAACAAUCCAAUGGCAGGUCAGAUGGGUCUCUCUCUAUCAGACAAUGCAAGUAAUAUGCCAGGUCAAAUAAAUUAUUCAGGCCAAAGCAACAUUGCUAAUCCUAUGACAAGCACUAAUAUGGGUAGCAAUCAAAUACAAAACAUGCCCAAUACUCCUGGAAUGAUGGGAAACCAAAUGAUGGGAAAUAUUGCAGGAAUGGGCCCUCAGAUUGUUAACAUGAUGACAGGCGAUGGAAAAUCAAAACUAGCUAAUGUUGAUGGACAGGCUCAAGGGGGGCCUUUGACCGGCCCUAUGUUAAUUGAUGCCCCAAAUUCUCCGUACGGUCAAGUUGGCGUUACACCCAUAAAUCAAGCAAGUGGUUUUAACCAUGCCCCGCUUAAUCUAGCUGCAGACGCAUCUUAUGCAGCUCACGGAUAUUCUAAUAUGCAGCCACAAGAUCAAGCUCAAGUAUACUCACACUUACAACCACAGAACCAAACAAUUCAGAAUAUGUACGGUGCAGACACGAGAUACGCUGAUUCACAAAUGAGUGGUAUGACCACUAAUUUGGCUCAAAGCAAUGCUAAUACUCAACAAAUGAGUAAUGUGAAUUCGAAUCCAGCUGCUCAGCAGAUGAAUGCCGCUCAACGUAACCCACAUGGGAUGCACGCGCAAGGCGUGGCAAAAUUCAAUGAAAUGUUUCCGGGUGUAAUGCAAGGAUUAGGUGGAGACUUAGGUUUCGAUCCGAUGGCUAUUGCGAUUCAAAUGAAUCCGGCGAAUCACCAGAAAGUUGCUAUGGAUACCAUGCAGAAAAUAAUGAACGGGACUGAUGUCAAUAAACUUAUCGAUUCAGGAGCUAAUUCGGCUCUGCAACCCGCGAUUACCGGAGUCAAGGCAGCUGCUGCUAGCUUUGCACAGCUUCCGUCGACGCAAGCACAGAAUGCUUCGGCUGUUAAUCAGCAAAAUAUACCAAAUCAAGUUCAACCUCCUACUGAAAUUAUCCAAGGUCAAAAUCAACAAGCGAAUUAUCAACUAACACAAAACCAACCACAGUUACAGCAACAAGUUUAUACAGCCGUAACUGGAAACUCCAAUUUAAGUCCUCAUGAACUUCAACGCUAUUCACAACUACCGCCACAAGAGCUAGCACCCUCGACACAACAAAUGACAGAUACACGGAAUAAUAUGACAGCUCUUCAUACGCCAGAAAGUAAUAUGAUAAGUGAUCCUAGAGCCCAGACAUUUGAAACUCGACAAGAUCCACCACCUCAAGCAAUGAUUAAAGAUCCUAUUUUCCCGGUAGACACUUCGAAAAAUACUGUAUCACCUUCUUUAAUCAAGACGAAAUAUUUCGAAUACAACACUUUAGGACAACCGGUGGAAAUGUUGCCAGCGAAGAUGUUCCAUACACAGGAACCGAAUCUUCCUCAAACUCUGUCUCCACAGCCAUUACCUACGAGAAAGAGAGACGAGCCUAUGAAGUACAGUAAUGUAAAAUCCACCGUUAGCAAGACCUCUUUGAUGGCGAACAAACCUUUUGGAAAAGUCCCCAGUCGCAGUCAGCUUCAACAUAUUUACAACCAGUACAAGGGUUCUCAAUCCUUCACGCAGCAGAAUGUGAGGGGACCUGCACAAGGUGUAUCUCAUUCUGAAGGUCACAUCGCAGCUAAUCAGGGAAAUGUUAAUCCACAACGUCAAGCACCUGUGGAAAGAGUCGGAGAUGUUGUAGUUAAUAAUUCACCGCCUAAUGCUGUGCCCCAGAAAGUACAGCAAGUCAUGGAACAUAUUGGUGAUGUGCCCGUGGGCAAAGCUCCGAGCCAAGGCGAGCCUAUUAAGGCACCGCCACCAAAUAGUAAACUAAGAAAUGGUCUACAAGACAUAAUUUAUACAUCAUAUCCGACAUCUGCUGCGUGGUCCUUCCAUGGGAAUAACCACACUCCCUAUUAUCCUGGACGCCGUUUUCGGCAUAGAACCUAAGUAUUGAUAUAUUUUGUAAUUAUAUUGUGCAUAUCGAGAAAUGUUUGUGGACGUCAUAAUUAUUUAUAAAAAUGUAUUUUAGAAAAAUGUGUACUGCGAAUAAAGUAAAACGUAAACCUGA